AUGAUCGCCAAAACAGAAUCAGAGUUCCUGGAACCCCAGAGUAUUGAUCUGGCAAUUGAUCGCGGUGGCACUUUUACCGAUAUCUGGGCUAAAGUACCAGGGAUUCGGCGAGUUUUAGAACAAGUCUCAGGGCAAGAUAUUCCCCGUUCAAGACUACUCCCCAAAUCUCUCAUCCGAUCCAUUCGAAUGGGAACAACUGUUGCGACAAAUGCUCUACUGGAACGAAAAGGAAUGCGGCACGCAUUUCUAGUCACGGAAGGAUUUCGUGACGUUCUCGACAUCGGAUAUCAGUCUCGCCCCGAGCUCUUCGCUCUGGGUAUCAAGAAGCCCGAGCUGUUGUACGACAGCGUGUGUGAGAUCUCCGAACGAGUUGCGUUCGAGAAUUUCCCGGAGGAUCCCAGGUUUGGGCUUGAAACGACGCCUGGACGCUUGGUGAAAGCAGUAACAGGCGACCUCAUGAGAAUUCUCAAGUCCUUAGAUGAGGAGCAGGUCCGUUCGAAAUUGAUCGCGUUGCAGGCCGACGGCAUCGAGAGUCUUGCCAUCUGUUUUACGCAUUCGUACCUGUAUCCGGACCAUGAGCUUCGCGUUGCUGAAAUUGCCACAGAGAUGGGCUUUAAGCAUAUUUCAAUAUCUUCCAUCGUUGGUCGGGGUAUGAUCAAGAUGAUACCUCGCGGUAGUUCCGCCACCGCAGAUGCGUACCUGACUCCCAAGAUUCGAGAGUACGUGUCUACUUUCUCGAACCGAUUUGAAGGCAGCAACCUCGAGGGUAUCAAUUGCGACUUCAUGCAAAGCGACGGUGGAUUGACCAGCCACGAAAGCUUCAGCGGCUUGGGUGGCAUCCUAAGCGGACCUGCUGGUGGUGUGGUCGGAUAUGCAAAAACAGCAUAUGACGGAACGACGCCCCUCGUAGGCUUUGAUAUGGGUGGCACUUCCACCGAUGUCAGUCGUUAUGGUGGGAGUUUCGAGCACGUCUUCGAAACGACCACAGCUGGAAUCUCCAUUCAAAGUCCGCAAUUGGACAUCAACACUGUUGCCGCUGGCGGUGGCAGCAUGUUGUUUUGGUCCAACGGCCUCUUCAAGGUCGGCCCCGAGAGUGCAGGCGCUCACCCCGGACCAGCAGCAUAUCGCAAGGGAGGGCCUCUGACUGUGACAGACGCAAACCUGUUUCUCGGUCGUUUGCUUCCCGAGUUCUUCCCAUCAAUAUUUGGUCCGGAUGAAAAUCUACCUCUGGACACGGACAUAGUCGCUACGAAGUUCGAAGAACUGACCAAAACAAUCAAUGCUGAAACAGGUCGUUCGAUGACUUCCCAGGAAAUAGCCCAUGGCUUUCUAGACGUCGCAAACGAGUCGAUGUGCAGGCCCAUACGUGCGAUUACGGAGGCCCGCGGCUUCGAAACAGGGCAACACCAUCUUGCGGUCUUCGGUGGCGCCGGUGGUCAACAUGCCUGCGAUAUUGCUGCUAAACUCGGCAUUCGGAGAGUCAUCAUCCACAAGUACUCCAGCAUUCUCUCAGCAUAUGGCAUGUCCCUGGCCGAGGUCGUCCAGGAGGAACAAGAACCGUGCAGUGAGACACUGAACGAUGAUAUCAUGCCACACCUACAGGAGAGAAUGAGCGUACUGAAAUCCAAGGCAAGGGAUGCGCUCAUGAAACAAGGUAUACCAGAAACGUCUAUCGAGUAUGAGCCGUUCCUAAAUUUGAGAUACCACGGCACGAGCACGAAUUUCAUGAUCCAAGAACCAGAAGAUCUCAAUUGGCGGCAGCUGCUUGAAGCGACUCAUCUUCGCGAGCUUGCUUUCUUGUUCCCCAGCGAACAUAAGGUAUUGGUGGACGACGUUCGUGUCCGUGGAGUCGGAAAGACCAGGAAUACCGCUGUAGACGCGGAAGAGUUCGCCGGCGAAAUGGCAAAUACCGCAUUUACUGAGGUCAAGGUCGCAAGUGAACAAACGGUUCCCGUAUUCUUCUCGGGUGCGUCUGAGAUCACUAGAGUCUUCAAGGUCGGAAACGUCCCUGCAGGCAGCAGAGUCCCCGGCCCAGCCAUUAUCAUCGAUGACACGCAGACUAUACUCGUUGUUCCUGGUGCGGCCGCCAAAUUCUUGUCCUCACACAUUGUCAUCGACAUGCCAGAGGAGUCCUCUGGUAUUGACACAGCCGAUGUCACAACCAGGAUCGUUGAUCCCGUUAAGCUCUCUGUCUUUUCACAUCGAUUCAUGAGCAUAGCUGAGCAGAUGGGACUCACCCUUCGGAAGACGAGUAUCUCUCUUAAUAUCAAGGAGCGGCUCGACUUCUCGUGUGCCAUUUUUGGACCUGAUGGAGACCUUGUGGCGAAUGCACCACAUGUACCGGUACACCUGGGUAGUAUGAGCUAUGCAGUCAAAUAUCAGCACGCACUGCACAAAGACAAUCUCCGGCCUGGUGAUGUACUUGUGUCUAAUCACCCAGAAGCCGGCGGCACCCAUCUUCCCGACAUCACAGUGAUAACUCCGGUCUUUGAAACAGACGGCAAAACGAUUUGCUUCUACACAGCCAGUCGAGGCCAUCAUACCGAUAUCGGUGGGCUCGAUGGAACUUCCAUGCCACCUAACUCGACAUACCUAUGGCAAGAAGGGGCAAUGAUGAAGUCCUUCUUCUUGGUCCGGGAUGGCCACUUUGACGAGACUGGUAUUCGUCAGAUUCUCACCGAGCCAGGCAAAUAUCCGCGCGUAACGCCGUCGCGCAAGGUCAAUGAGAACCUCUCUGAUCUUCGCGCUCAGAUAGCUGCCAACACCAAAGGCAGCCAACUCAUCACUGCUCUCAUGGCAGAAUACGGAACGAGUACGGUACACUUCUACAUGGCGAAAAUUCAAGAUAAUGCCGAGAUGGCGGUUCGAGCUUUCCUCAAGAGGACUCGUGCAGAGCGCGGACCCGUCGUCCUCCGUGCAACGGAAGGCAUGGACAAUGGAGCACGACUAAAAGUCGGUAUUUCGAUAGAAGACGAUGGCUCUGCAACCUUCGACUUUACCGGAACGACCAAUGAGAUGUUCUCCAACUUCAACGCCCCACCAGCGAUCACGUAUUCCGUCAUCAUCUAUGUGUUGCGGCUCUUGAUCGGUGCAGACAUCCCGCUCAACCAGGGUUGCCUCGCCCCAGCCAAAGUCAUCAUCCCCAAGGGCUGUUUCCUGAAUCCGUCGGCAGGGCCUGCUGUGUGCUGUGGAAACACUCAUACAUCCCAGCGUCUAGCCGACCUGCUCCUGAAGGCAUUCGAUGCCUGUUCAGGAUCCCAGGGCGACAUGAACUGCUUCGCAUUUUUCGACCAGGCGGGAUACGAUCCUGAUGGCACGCCGCGGCUGGGCUAUGGGUAUAAGUACGGCGAAACCAUUUGCGGCGGAGAGGGUGCUGGCCCUACUUGGCAUGGCGCCUCCGGAGUGCACAUUCAUAUGACGAACACAAGAAUCACAGAUGUAGAGCUGCUCGAACGACGACUACCCAUCAUCAUCCGCGAGUUCUCCAUUCGGCGCGGCAGUGGAGGGAAAGGACGCUUCAACGGUGGAGACGGUAUCGUACGUGACUGGGAGUGUCGCGUCCCACUGACCUUCUCCAUCAUAUCCGAACGACGGGUCUUAAGACCAUACGGCAUGCAUGGUGGCGAAGAAGGGGCCAAUGGCGUGAACUUUUGGGCCCAGCGCCAGGAGGACGGAACCUUCAAGUGGAUACAAUUGGGACCUCGAGGUCUCGUAGAGAUGGCUGCGGGCGAUCGCUGCGUGGUGCACACCCCGAGUGGUGGAGGCUGGGGUGCGCCCGAGGCUGUUGAUGAAUCGAGCUCUACCACGCUCGGCAAGAUCGCUGAAACUGUACAGAACUUGAUACCACGAGCUGCGGGAAGCUACCACAACUUCCUCUCAACGCAAGCGGCUGGAUCAUAG